AUGAAGAUCUCCUACUGGAUCAACUUGGGAAUUGCGGUGCUGCUCCAAGCAGUGCCUUCAAAGUGUGAGGAGAAUACCUGCGGUGUACAAAUUGGCAGCGGUGUAACGGCUACCAAAUGUAAGGAUUGUUACUCGUUGAUAGUUUGCAUCGCAGAUGAUUACUCAUUCGAAGUAACGUGUAACCAGGAUGAAUACUGCACGGAAAUUGCUGGACUAACAGGAAAGGCAAUCUGCAAUGAAUUUUUACCACCACAAUGCAAUACAUCUCCAACAACAACUGCGACCGUUCCAACAACAGGGUCUUCGACGAAUGAUCCUGAAGCUACAACUGUUUCAACAACGAUGCCAUCGACCAAUGGUCCUGGAACUACAACAGUAGAUGCAACUACUACUACUACACAACCGACAAACGAUGAACCAACUCAGCUCUGUACCGGAACCGGAACCUAUCCGGACCCAAAAAAUUGUUCCAUUUACCAUUACUGUCCAGGUCUGAAUGAAGAAUCGUGGGUACAAAGAUGUCCCCCGGACUACGCCUUUAACCAUGAAUCAAUCACGACAGGUCAGUUCCCCUGCAAAGCCAACCGCGCCUGUGAUGUUGUGGAUUGCUCCGGAAGUACAAAGUUUAAGUCGUUCGGAACGAGCAAAGUUUUAUAUGCGGUUUGUCAGCCGGAUGGCGAAACGAUUACGAUGUACCGGUGCAGCGACGGAGCUACUUUCAACGGAACAGACUGUGUGUUCAAUUGCAAACAAGAAGGACUUUUUCCCAACACGGCCGACCCGAGCAAAUACUACAGGUGCUAUAUAUCCGGCACGAAACUAGUGAGCUUGGAGAAUGAUUGUCCAGCUAAUAAAGUGUUCAACACGGCCAAGCAGGUUUGCACGAAAACGGGUGUGUAAGAAUUAUGAUGACUAUAAUAAAUAUGUGAUAAAUUAUAGAACUUUUUUCAUUCAUGCUAAGUAUAACAAAUCUAAUUAAGCUCAGAGUUUCAGUAUUCCUGAAUGUACUAGGAUGGUUUUGAAAAGCCAUCCCAUUGUGAGUAAGAACGUUUAUUUUUUUCGAUUUCGUCAUUUAUACGAUUAAACAACUGAUAUCAUUAAUCGCACUUGCUAGCAAUAUAAGGUAGAAGGCGUUGUCAAAAAAAGUUCUGCUUGAGCGACCAACCCUGGUUGCUACUCCGUUACUGAUCGGGAUUAGCUGAAAUUGUACAGGGAGUUUCUAGAUGGUCCGACCUGGGACUGGUAAAUCAUCCUUCAAUGUACAUCUUCUGGUAAUCCCAGAAUUCAUUGAUCAGUACCGGCGCCGGCCUGGCCCGAACGUAGAUCGUCUAAGGAAUGGGAAGGGAUGUUAGUCCAACACUUGUUGUUACUACUGCGCACUCCACAAGUGUCACGGGAGAAGGAUGUUCCGGUUUCAAGAUGCUCGGAUGCACCACUAAACUCACUGACUGCCCGAGUGAACGUUUCAACAAUAUCCUAUAUUGAAGUCCCGGGAAGUCUUGAGUCACAGCUCUUAUUCGAGGAAACUAAAGAUAAAUUUGCAAUAAUGAAAUGAAAUGAAAUUACGCGAUACAAAAUA